UUAUGUUUGUCACUUGUGUAGGUGGAGCGAGGUGGCCAUGCAAGUGAUGGAUUGUGGAUUGUAGGUAGGAGAGCAUUCUUUUUGGUCGGCAGUAAGCAUUUGAAAAACCUGUGCACUCUUCAUCAUUCUGAAAGAGCUUAGUGAUCAUGGUGAGGGUAAAUUCAAGGUUGCUUAGGGCUCAAUUAGCAGGGGGUGACGUAAAAGCCUGGUGGGCAACAAAAAUAUCAUGGUACCUUCACUCACGCACAUUUUGAAGUCAUGUCAUUCUUGAUGGUCAUGACAACGACAGGGAGCUGCACAAUCCCACUCGAGCAGCAAAAUUGAUCCUGCAAGUUGACUUAAACAGAGUUUUAGUAGGUAUUUAACUAGACUUCGAACAUCGAUAAGUCUCAGAUUUGAUGAGUCAGACAAUGUAAGGCUUCCUUUCGAAAACUUGGUGAAAAAAGCCUUUGUUCAGUUUCGGAGGUGCCACAAUUCCGUGGAGUAUGGUAGAAGCCAAAACCAGGUGCAUCGGCAAAACAUUUUGUGUUUACAUUGCUGCUGACGAAGAAGUAGAAGCAAUAACAACUCAAAAAUGAUGCACCGCUAUUGAUCCAUGUUUGCCAAAGCAAAAGCAAGUCUGCAACGAUUGACCCACAAUCAUAGAUCGCCAGUUCAGUCGCCUUUUUCAAUUGAUAACCAAAAAAAUUAUCAGCGGUUGCACACUCGUGGAAGCAAUUGCACACCAUUUUUGAUGGCCUUUUAAGAGAAGGUGGGUUUUCUCCCAACACUACAAGAUGAGUGUUUUAGGGAUGAGGCAUUUUUAGUGAAGUUCGAUGGUGCUUUUGGUGAGACAAUGCCCGUGUGUCAGGAUUUCUAGGGUCCACGGAACGGGUGGGAGGUGGGGUCACGGUAGUUGUUGACGGUGCUGACCCUCGAUCAAUUGAAUCCAAGCGGAGAGCACUUUUGUGAGGCACCACUGGAACCUUGAGACGCUCAAAAUUUGGAAGGGUAGAUACUUCGUAUUAAUUACAGCUCCCCCAGCCUUUAAAAGUCCAUGUAGAGUCUUUAAUGAAAGUAUAAUUUCCGGCCUGGUCUACCCAGUUCGAAGCGAGCAGCCAGAAUAACAUGCAGCAGCAGCAGCUUGCGGUGGUGACUACACAAAUGAUCGUAUGCAGCAGCUGAAUUGAAACAGUUGGAAAGAGUUUGGCUCUUGCAAUACUUUGGCGAGAUUCACUCCCAGGCAGCGAGGCACGGAUUCCAACGACGCAACCUCGUUCAGUGAUCCCGAAAGUCGUCAGAUCGCACAGGUUUGAAAAGGAACCUUGGUGCAUUAGUGAAGGAACAAUAACUUAGUCCUGAACAUGAUGCGAUCGUCAUGAAGAAAGGGGCCAUAAUUCUCCCAAGUAUGUGAAAAGUGGGUGGGAUUUAAUCCCAACAGCAGAGCGAGAUAUACGAAGAUACGUCGCGAACAUAACAUGACAAUGCCAGAAAGGUUUAUGUCGGAAGUGACGGAGCUGCCCAUUUGGGGCAGCGCCCGAGGCUCCUUCGCACGGAGUGGGAGUUUGCGGAACCUCUCCUGGAGCGUAGGUUCCGAUCAGCACAAUGUAUUCGGAUCAUCACGCAUGUCCGACCGAGGAGACGAAAUGAAUGACGAGGAGGCGCUCAAGUGGGCUGCCAUGGAGAGGCUGCCCACAGUGCGGCGCCUACGCACCGCCAUGAUCCACAAAGGCCCUGGAAGGAUCGACCAGGUGGACGUCGCAAAGAUUGGGCCUCUCGAGCGUCAGCUCUUGAUAGACAACUUGCUCAAGGUGAUUGAGGAAGACAACGAGAAAUUCUUGCUCAAGCUUCGCAAGCGGAUCAACAAUGUGGGCAUUGAACUUCCGACAAUCGAGGUGAGGUACGAGAAUUUGACCGUGGAUGCGACCUGCUAUGUGGGCAGUCGUGCGUUGCCCUCCCUUUGGAACUCUGCUCGGAACUUCAUUGAGCGAUGUUUGAAUUUGAUCAGGAUAUCGACGUCGAAGAAAACUGUUCACAACAUAUUGAACAAUGUGAAUGGCAUAGUCAAGCCUCAAAGGAUGACUCUGUUACUCGGUCCACCAGGUUCUGGAAAGACAACUUUAUUGCUAGCGCUUGCAGGCAAACUUGACAAAGAUUUGAAGGUUCAGGGCACUGUAACAUACAACGGACACAAUCUGGAUGAAUUCGUACCCCAAAAGACUGCGGUGUACAUUAGCCAGACCGACUUACAUGUUGCACAAAUGACUGUGCGCGAGACUCUGGACUUCUCAGCUCGUUGCCAAGGCACCGGCACUCGAUACGAGCUACUUUCCGAGCUUGCAAGGAGAGAAAAGCAAGCAGGAAUAUUUCCUGAAGCCGAUGUGGAUCUUUUCAUGAAGGCAACAGCUAUAUCAGGAGUAGAGAGCAGUCUUGCAACAGACUAUACCCUAAAGAUUCUAGGACUUGACGUAUGCGCGGACACCUUGGUUGGUGAUGACAUGCGCAGGGGGAUCUCAGGGGGUCAGAAAAAACGAGUUACCACAGGAGAGAUGAUUGUUGGUCCGACUCGGGCAAUGUUCAUGGACGAAAUUUCAACAGGACUUGACAGCUCAACAACAUUCCAAAUCGUGAAGAGCUUGCGGCAGUUUGCACACGUCAUGUCGAGCACGGUGCUAAUGUCUCUUCUACAACCCGCUCCGGAGACUUUUGAGCUUUUUGAUGACGUCAUUCUUCUCUCAGAAGGCCAAAUUGUGUACAAUGGCCCUCGAGAGAACGUCUUGGAGUUCUUUGAAAGCUGCGGGUUCAAGUGCCCUGAACGCAAAGGUGUGGCUGAUUUUCUCCAAGAGGUAACGUCGAAGAAGGAUCAGGAGCAGUAUUGGAUGAAUAAACGGCGCCCAUACCGCUAUGUAUCUGUCUCAAACUUUGAAGCAAAGUUCAAGAAAUUCCACGUUGGAGCAUCCCUGAAGAUGGAGCUGGCGCAUCCCUACCCCAAACAUCGAAGUCACAGGGCAGCCUUAACCCACGAGAAGUAUACCGUCACCAAGACAGAGAUUUUCAAAGCUACAUUCGCGAAAGAAGUCCUCUUGAUGAAGCGAGAUGCUUUUGUUUACAUCUUCAAAACUACACAGCUAGCUAUCAUGGCAGCUGUGAGCAUGACGGUUUUUUUCCGCACAAAGCUACACCAGGACACAGUAGCAGAUGGGACAAUAUACCUUGGUUCUCUAUUCUUCACAGUUGUGAGCAUCAUGUUCAAUGGAUUCGGGGAGCUUUCCAUGACCAUCUUCCGUCUCCCCGUAUUUUUCAAGCAACGUGAUCUUCUCUUUUAUCCCGCCUGGGCCUUUUCACUGCCCAGUUUUGUGCUGAGCAUUCCCAUGUCAGCAGUUGAGUCUUCAAUCUGGACUGUCAUGACUUACUAUGUUACCGGUUACGCUCCGGAAGCCUCAAGAUUCUUCAAGCAACUUCUGUUAUUAUUUUCGGUGCACCAGAUGUCAUCCGGGCUCUUCCGACUUAUUGGAGCCGUGUGCAAGACGAUGAUUAUGGCAUACACUGGAGGUUCAUUUCUGUUGCUAAUCGUGUUUAUGUUGGGAGGGUAUAUCAUCCCACGGCCAGCCAUCAAGAGCUGGUGGAUCUGGGGCUACUGGAUUUCCCCACUUGCCUACGCUGAGAACGCCAUUAGUAUCAACGAGAUGCUUGCGCCCCGGUGGAGCAAGGUUGUCCAUAACCAGAAUCAUACUUUGGGAGAGUUGGUUUUGAUCAGUCGUGGAAUUUUUACCGAGAAUUACUGGUACUGGAUAGACGUUGGAGUUCUCUUCGGAUUCGCCAUCCUCUUUAAUAUUGGCUUCACAAUCGCACUUAGUUUGAUGAAACCAUUGGGAAAGCCCCAAGCAUUUAUGUCUGAGGAAGCACUAUCAGAGAAAAAUGAAAACACUGCGUCGUCCAAAAUUAUGGAUAAAACAACCAAAGGCGUGUCCGCAUACCCAGCAAGAUUCAAACCUCGAUCCGAGCUAAAGUCGAGAGCUGAAGAUGAUGAACGAAACAUGUGGCUUAACCUUGCGAAUCAUAACAUUGCAUCAAGAGGGGAUGCUCAAGGAAUGAAAGAUAGAAAAACCCGAGCAUUAGAUCAAGCUGAAGCUUCUCUUGGCACUGCUCUCGAGGCAACUCUUGAAAUCGCGGCAAUGGAACAGAAGCGUGGCAUGAUUUUACCAUUUCUACCCCUGUCCAUCUCUUUCGAAGAUCUCACGUACUACGUCGACAUGCCUCCUGAAAUGAAGAGCCAUGGAGUGCCAGAAGACCGGCUACAGCUGCUCCGUGGGAUCACAGGAGCUUGCCGCCCAGGCGUACUAACGGCUCUUGUGGGGGUCAGCGGAGCCGGGAAGACGACACUCAUGGACGUACUGGCAGGGCGUAAGACGGGGGGCUACAUUGAGGGUGACAUCCGAAUUAAUGGAUAUCCUAAAAAACAAGAGACGUUUGCUCGAAUUGCAGGGUAUUGUGAGCAAGUGGACAUUCAUUCUCCCCAAGUCACUGUCCGCGAGUCCCUCAUCUAUUCGGCUUGGUUGCGGCUAUCUUCUGACUGCACUCCCGCCAUGAAGAUGAAUUUUGCGGAAGAGGUCAUGGAAUUGGUGGAAUUGAUGCCGCUGCAAGAUGCACUUGUGGGACUUCCAGGCUCCACAGGUCUCUCAACCGAACAGAGAAAGCGGUUGACUAUUGCUGUGGAGUUGGUAUCCAAUCCCUCCAUAAUUUUCAUGGACGAGCCAACGAGUGGGUUAGAUGCUCGUGCAGCUGCCAUAGUCAUGCGUACAGUUCGGAAUACAGUGGACACGGGCCGCACAGUGGUGUGCACAAUACAUCAACCCAGUAUCGACAUCUUUGAAGCUUUUGAUGAGCUAUUGUUGAUGAAACGAGGUGGACAAGUCAUUUACAUGGGACCUUUGGGACCUCGCUCUCACAAGGUGGUUGAGUAUUUUGAGGCUGUUCCUGGGGUACCCAAGAUCAAAGAAGGCUACAAUCCAGCAACGUGGAUGCUGGAAGUCAGUUCUACGGACAUGGAGAAGCAAUUGCAGGUUGACUUUGCAGAGAUCUACCAAAAUUCGGCUGUUUUUAUGAGGAACAAGGCACUCGUGACUCAACUGAAAUCGCUAACACACGGAACUCGUGAUCUCCACUUCCCGACUAAAUACUCGCAGCCUUUCUUCACGCAGCUCACAUCAUGUUUGUGGAAACAGAAGCUGACGUACUGGCGCACCCCAGACUACAAUUGUGUUCGUUUCUGUUUUUCCGCCGUCACUGCUAUUCUCUUCGGCAGCAUAUUCUGGGACCUCGGUCAGAAAACGAGCACCUCACAAGACUUAUUCACAGUCAUGGGGGCCUUGUAUGGGGCAGUUCUGUUCCUUGGGAUCAACAACUGUGGAACAGUGCAACCCAUGGUCGGAAUUGAGCGCACGGUAUUUUAUAGAGAGCGUGCUGCGGGGAUGUACUCGGCCAUCCCGUACGCUUUAGCUCAAGUGGCGAUCGAAAUACCAUAUGUGAUGGUUCAGACGCUAGUUUACGGGCUUAUCACAUAUUCCAUGAUCAAUUUUGAGUGGACGGGGUUGAAGUUUUUCUGGUACUGCUAUUACAUGUUCUUCAUGUUCAUCUGCUUUACCUACUACGGGAUGAUGAUGGUGGCACUAACUCCCAACACAGAGAUCGCGUCCAUUGUGGCCUCCUUCUUCUACUCUUUCUUCAACCUCUUCUCCGGUUUCCUCAUCCCCAAACCGAAAAUUCCAGAUUGGUGGGCGUGGUAUUGUUGGAUAUGUCCAGUGUCAUGGACAAUCUACGGCUUGAUCACCUCACAAUUCGGGGACUUGGAAACCUAUACCAUGGUUCUUGGAGACGACACCAACAAACAGAUGGUGAAAAAAUUCCUCGAAUCUUACUUUGACUACUACCAUGACUUCCUACCUGUUGUCGCCCUCAUGAUGCCUGUCUUUGCUAUUCUAUUUGCAGGAGUGUUCGUCCUUGGCAUCAAAUUCUUAAACUUCCAGCAUAGGUAG